UAUCCUUGAAGGAAUUGUAUUUGCAAGACUUAAACGAAAUGUACCACAAAAUCGCCAGGAAGCUGCAGCAGCAGCAGGAUGAUUCUCUUCCCCAACAGCUGACCCCUGAGGUGCUCGAAAAGAUGAGAACCCUUCAAGAAAUUUUGGAGUACCAUAUCAAUAUCCUGCAAAUUCCGAAGAGUGAAAUCCAUCCGGGUCUCAAGGAUAAGCUGCCCUCCUACGAGAGGCGGAUAUUGAUAUUCGUAAAUAGCAACAGGUCCAUAAGGCAGCGGGGACUCAAUUAGAAAAGCAAGGAAACAUUACCUUUGAAUAAGAUCAAAGCUAAGGAUGAUUCUAAAUCAUCAAAAAAGUUUCAGGACUAUAAUAAAGAAGGAUUAUCUUAUUUAAUAGAUUAUGGAACACUUGCCUUUGAAUAAGAUGUCAGUUACAGUGACAAUUUGCUGCAUAUUUUUAUCUUACAAGACGUCACUUUGUUAUAAGAGCAGAUUAGUGGAAGGACCAAAAUAGAAAAAAAGUUAGUGAGGUGAGAAAGAUUC